UACCCGCCCACGUCGAGGCUCAGCCCAAAGAGAACGAACGUACAAGUCACGACUUGACGACCACGCCUCCUGCACGACAUCCGGCCGAUUUGGACACGGGAUUACCGACGACCACUAUCUCAACCAGAAUACUGUCAUUAUACUUGGGGCGUCAUGUCCUGGCUAGAUCAAUUCGAAUGCUUGGACGUGAUCGGCAACGGUUCGUUUGGCAUAAUACGAAAAGUACGCAGGAAGACGGAUGGCGUGAUCUUUGCUCGCAAAGACUUGAACUUCGAACGAAUGUCGGAGCGAGACCGCAAGCAAAUUGUUGCCGAAGUCAACAUCCUCAAGGACCUUCACCAUACCCACAUAGUUCGCUAUCACGACCGUUAUGUCGACAGAGAUGCUGGGAUCUUAUAUAUCCUUAUGGAGUACUGUGGUGGAGGCGACCUCUCCACAAUCAUCAAGCAAGCAACGAAGCUUAAUCGUCCUAUACCCGAAGACACCAUAUGGAACUACUUCAUGCAGAUUCUCCUCGCCCUCGUAUACUGCCACCAUCCGAAUGGGCAUGCAAGACGAGAAAGCGCCGGUACGGCGGAGGAUCUUACACAAAUCAGCUCUAGUCAUAACCGCCGGCCGCAGAUCCUUCAUCGCGACCUGAAACCGGACAACGUCUUCCUGUCGGACGCUGGCGAGGUUAAGCUGGGCGACUUUGGCUUGAGCAAGGCCCUGAGUGCGGCGGGCCCCGCCAGUUUCGCUAGCACCUAUGUCGGGACACCAUAUUACAUGUCCCCAGAGCUUAUGCAGGAGAAGGCGUACGACUCGAAAUCCGACAUCUGGUCCUUAGGUUGCCUUAUAUACGAGCUGUGCGCUCUCAAGCCUCCUUUUCACGAGGCGAAGACCCACGCGGAGCUGAGCGUGUUCAUCCGUAACGGCCGGAUACCCCCGCUACCGAGAGGCUACAGCGAGAACCUCACCAGGGUCAUCAAAGCGAUGCUCAACUUGAACCCCGCGAUGCGACCAUCAGCCAUCCAGCUGUUACAGCACGAACGCUUGGAACUGGCUCAGAAGGUCACCGAAACGUCUAAAAUGAUCGCGGAAGUGAGGCUUCACAAGCAGAACGUCUCCGCGCGCGAGAAGGAGGUCCAUGCACGGGAACUGGCCCUCCUUGACCGGGAGUCGCGUCUGCAAGCGAUCCUCGCGGAGAAGGACGCGGAGAUCGCGAACCUGCGGACGCAUGGCCUAGGGGCGUCGGAGGCGCAGGUCCAGGCGCGUGUGGCGAUCGCGGUGCAAGAGGUGACGAUGGAGGCGGAGGUGCGGAUACAGCAGCUGAGGCAGGAAGUGGCGAACCUGAACGUAGCGGCCGAGUCGAGAAUACGGGAGGCAGUAGCCAGGAGAGAGGAGGAGUUGAGGCUGCUCGUUUUGAAGCACGAGGAAGGCGUAAAGGUUGCUAUGCAAAGAAGAGAGGACGAGUUGAUGGAAGCGGUGCGGAAACGGGAGGAGCAGGUCAACCAAGCAUGGAUCGAUAGGGAGCGGGAUCUGCAGGAGGAGUGGUUAGCCAAAUGGAAGCAUGCUGAAGGUGAAUGGGAGAAAGAGCGGGCAGGCUUCGAUAAGCGAUGGGAAGAUGGGGUCAAUGAGCUUAAGGAACGUGUCGCGGAGUUGGAGGCCCGAGAGCGAGAAGUGGACGAGGAAUGGGAAAGGCUGUUCGUCAUGAGGAGGGAGCUGAAGGAGAAGAUGAAGGGGAAAAAGGACAAGAAUCCCCUCGAGGAAGUGAUCAACGUCUUACCGUCAUCAAGGAAAUCUGAAGACGCGGGCGAGACUUCGGAUACGGAGAGUAGUCGACCUCGUGAGAGGGAUACGCCCAGGAAACUUGUCGAAGGCUUGGAGACACCUGUCCCGAAGGACUUAACCCACAGGCACCAUGUCUUCGGGGCCAUGCUGGAACCUCCCGCUUCUGCAAUGAAGGGUGUCGUUCUGACGGCAACGGGCGAGCCUAUCGCGACGCCAGCUCCCGCAGAAUUCGCGAAGAUAUUCGACAAGAGCCCGAAGGUUGACCUCAAAUUUGGCCAAAUCUUCAAUUUCGACGAGCACGAGACAGAUGUCGAGACGGAGAAGGAGGAGGAGGAGGAACAGACACGGACUACUCGUAUACGACAGGUCACCGAGUCUCCCUCAAAACGGGCCAGCGAGAGGGCUAAGCAAUCUGUGCGCCGUGCCGAUAGCGGGCCAACCAGCCCGGCGAAACCACCCGCUUCGCGGACCAGAAGAGCGCCGUCUGCCUCGACCAGCAGCACCGAGGAGAAGAAGAGCACGCCUUCGACGUCCAAGGCCGCUACCAGGACAGCAGUUCCUACAGCGCGCUUGCGUAGGCCUUCCACCACCCGUAGAACAGCAACUGUUCCAGCAUCGCAGGCGCUGUUCGGCGACGCCGCUUCGAAACAACCAUCGACUUCCGCUGCCUCCUCGUCGUCAUCCGCUGCCACCUUAGUCCCGCCUAGGCCCGCCGCCGGGAACUUGCCCAGGUCGAAAUCGGCUUCUUCGUUGCCGCUAGGGCCGCCUCCUUCGUACGAUCUGAACGACGAGGACAACCUGCCCAGUCCCUUCCUGAAAAAGAUCGACCGCGACCGAAUAUCAAUGUCCAAUACCGCGCCUACAACAAAAGCUACUGCACCAUCCGCCGUAAACGGCGCGACUAGGCGGAGGAGUGACGUGAAUCGCUUGAGAAGCGUGGCAGCUGCGAACAUUGUCAAGGCGGACCGCGACCGAUCUUCGGUGGCGAGCGCGAGGAAGGCAGCGGAAGACGGCCGAAAAGCGUUGCUUAGGACAUGACCGUGCUAUUCGUCCAUCAUAAUCCUUGUUUACUAGACUGUUUUCUUCCAUCAUGGUUCACUAUCCAUUAAUGCAGUGUACAAGUGCAACAAAUUUUUCGUAGUAUUCCACGUUUUAGUCACGGCGACAAUACUUUGGUAGGAUGGGGUGUCCGGUGGUCUUUGAAUAUACC